GAUUGUUAAAACCGAAACCAGAAAAUACAAUUGCCAAUUUUCUGAGAAGUGUGAAAUCCAUAAUUAUUUAUAAUUAUUGGACUCUUCAAUCAGAUUGUCAUUUAAUGAACAAAGGGAAUCUCUCAAACGAGAAGUGUGAAGGGAAACAGAUUAGGCAGCUGAUUAUCCACCCUAUUGGUGCAAUAUCUGCUAUAGUAGCCCAAGUUGAGAAUACAGCAAUUCUGGUCAGUAAAUAAAAUUUGUAUACACUUAAUACUAAUCUUAAUCUACAAGGGCUGAAGUAAUAGUCAAUUUGGAGAAAUCCCAACAAAGACUAAGUUUUUAUAACAACCUUCACACUUCGUCAACAAUUUUAGCAUUGUUUAGUCUUGGUGCAUUCCUUAUUCAAAUUGUUGAAAAAUGGUAUUUAUUGUAAGCUCUGGUUUCUUGUUGAAUUUGAAGGAAACUCAAAAAUCAAGGAAUGCAUUUCUGGAAGGUCAAGAAUUGUACUCUCUAUGGCUGAAAUAUCAUCUGCAGCCAUCCCACCUGAUAUUCUAGGAAAGCACAUUUCAGAGACAGAAUCAAUAUCAUUCCGGUAAUUUCUGAGGGAAUUUUAAGUAUAUGAUACUAUAAUUGAAAAUAGUUGAAGUUUCAAACAUCAGAUCUUUAUGCGGCUAUGACUUCAGUUAUUUACAUUUUCAUUUAUGUUCCUA